AUUUGACCUUCAGAUUAAUUCACACUGAGAUUAAACAACUCAACGGCUUUAUUUUGAAACCUCUCAACGGAAGUGUGUGUGAGUUCAGCCAGCUAGCUUGACAGCUUGCCUGCACCGAGGCUCCUUGCUGCCGCUAACAGUUUUCCCUGAGGCGUUCUCCUCCAUCACUUCCUUCCUCUGAGCGAUGCGUCGUCGGGCGGGGAGGUGUGAGCCGCCCGGGUCUUUCCCGUCAUGCUGCUGAGGAGCCAUGGCGGAGCGGACACCGAGGAGGAACCAGCGGGUCCACGGCGGCGGCUCAAACAAGGAAGGACUCCGCGCUACAUGCGGCGCGACUACCGCUGACGGAAUACAAUGGUGACGGCUUCCAAAGUUUUACACACAUCUGUAGCUUUAGUCACAGCUGGCCGGUUCAACCCCCCCACUGAGGUGUCCCACGUGUGGACAGGCUCGUAGCGACGCGGUGUCCGGUGUGCUGUGCUUUUCCUCCACGUCGCUGCGUGUGUCCCCGUAAAGCCGUCUGCCUCCGGCGUAGAUCCCACACCGAGCCUCGUUGACAUUUUAAAGCCAAGUCACUGGAGGUCAACAUGGGGGCGAAGCAGAGCAGCCCGGCCGCUAAUCCAGCUGCUACCGGGAGGACCAGGGCGUACUCCGGCUCGGACCUGCCCUCCAGCACGUCCAGCAGCAACGGCAGUAGCGUGAGUAGGACCACCGCCGGGAGGGGGAGGCACCAUGCGUACAGUGCGCCGGGGGCCUCCGGACCCUCGUCCAGCUCCGGCCAGCCCCACGCAGCCAGGGCCAGGUCUGUGGGGGGCUCCGGGUCCAGACCUCAGUCCGGUAUUAACAUUCCGAAUAGCAGCGGGGCGUACAGCUCGCAGGAGUCCGGCAGCAGCAGCCCGGAGGAGGCGGACAGGGAGCGCUCCGGCGGGGGGCACGACGGCCCCCGGCUGGUGAUCGGCUCGCUACCAGCACACCUCUCGCCUCACCUGUUCGGAGGCUUCAAGUGUCCUGUGUGCUCCAAGUUUGUCUCGUCGGAUGAGAUGGACCUUCACCUGGUCCUGUGUUUAACCAAACCCAGAGUGACGUAUAACGAGGACGUCCUGUCCAAGGAUGCAGGAGAAUGUGCCAUCUGCCUGGAGGAGCUGGUGCAGGGGGACACCAUCGGCCGCCUGCCCUGCCUCUGCAUCUACCACAAAGGCUGCAUCGACGAGUGGUUUGAGGUGAACCGGUCGUGUCCCGAGCAUCCGUCAGAUUGAAGCGUGUUGCACUGGUAUUCCACAAUGUGAGGGAUCUACACACCAGGGCGUGGAUCCAGGGAGACUGCUGGACACUGUGAUCUCUGUGACCCCCACCCCCCCAAUAAUGUAGUGCCACUGUGCCAAAUGUCAUUAAGCAAUCUUCAGGGAUACAGACGUUAGUGCGUAUGUGUAAGUCGUCUCCCUCCGAGCGGGCCGCUGUCCCCCCUACCUCCCCUCACAGCCUGGCUGAGGGGCCGUUGGACAGCAGACGUCGGCUGAUGGUGCACCUGGAGGCUGGAGGAGCCGGUGGUCCUGGUCCUGGAGGUGUGGGCCUCUCCCUCCCCUCCUCCACCGUCGGGGUCUACCAGGGAAGGACAAGGGGACGGCCGGACCAGCAGGACCCAGCCUGAGAGCGGAGAGCAGCUCGGACCUUUAGACUAGAAGCUGAAAACAAUGGUGCCAAUCAACUGUGAAUAUUGUCAAACACACGCUUUGUCAUCAGCGCUUUUUUAAUCACAUACCACAGAUAAAAGGACGUCAGGUACCGAAAUGCUCCCCCGGUCCUGGAGAGUACAUUCACUCAUUUCAUGUGAACUUCAUCUUAUUACUCAUUAUGUCUCCUUAUAAUGACACACAGCAAUGUGACAAAGAUUGUAGCUUAACAACUUCUCAAGUUCUAAGCACAGUGACGGUUUUGAAAAUGCUUUUAUAACAUGCCAUAGAAUCAGGACAAAGUGAGCUGCUUAGAUUUGUUUCUCCAUGGAAAUAUGAGAUUGUCUUUUUGAUAAAGUCUGUGAUGUAUUUUAAAAUGUAGACUAUGUUUAAAUUAUAAUAUUUGGUCAUACUUCAGUCACUGCAAACAUGAAUUAGACUUGGCUUAAGAUGGAUGAAUAAAGCACUGUUUAUACAGGUAUACAUUCAAAGUGAAUCAAAUAAAACCUAAAAAUCGGA